AUGGCUAAUCCCUCGCUGACUUCAGAAGGUAGGAGUGCUCUUGUGGAAGCUGUGACUGAGUUCCAGCUUUUCGACAGAGUCAGUGACGAAGAGAAUGAAACGGAAUCAGAUUCAUCUGACGAAGGGUACGUGCAUGAGAAAGAAGAUACAGGCCCGCGAGCAUCCGAUAAUAUGCCUUUGGUACCUUCAAAAGGAAACCCGUAUGAACCACAAUCCGCGGAUGGUGGAAAAAGCCCAAAGAAUGCCGAAGCUUCGGAGCAUGCCCUGCUCCUACCAGAAGAUUCCGCAGAGGCAAACUUCGAGGUGGAGACCUGCUUCGUCUUUCGGAGGUGUCCCUGGGGCCCAAGCGUGGGCAGCGAGGAGAGAAAGUAUGGGAAAGGGAAAAACUAUGUUCGUGGCACAACUCAGUGA